AUGGCUUUCAUAUUGCUCCGGCCAAAACACCGCGAAGAGCGCGACACUUCACACUCUUACUCCAACCGACUUCAACACAACAACACAAAAAUAAUGUCUAUUAGCCGGAAAAACUGGUCUGCUUUGUCAACGCUGGCUCGACAGUGGACUGUGGAGGAUGAGGAAGAGGUGGAGAGAGAGAAGAGGAGGAAGACAAGGGAGUCUACAGCAGACACGGAUGAAAGUCCCACUGAAGAGACCAAACCACAAACCAGUAGUGUUAGCGAGCCUGCUGAUGCUGGCGACUCCGGUGGCGGUCUGGCCCAACUGCAGCUGGAUUUUGUGGAGAUGUUGCGAGUCCGUGACGAACGGCGGAGGAUGAGGCACGUUGAAACCCUGAGGAAGAAUAAGGAGGAAGAUGAUGGUGGCAGAGAGGGUAGCCCGGAUAAGGAGCCCCAUGUGGAGCUGCUGGGGGAACAGCAGGACGAGGAGCUCUUCAAGAGCGUGCAGCGCUGCGUGGAGACCUUCAUGUCACCAGAACCCCCCGCCAACUCCAGAGACUCAGAGACACAGGAGAAGCACGAAAAUGGAGGGACGAACCAAGAUUCAACAAACUCCCAAACUCCCCCGAAAGCAUCCCGAAAGUUUGUGAGCUCUCUCUCCGUCUCCUUUGAUAAGAAUCCCACAUCACCCUCAGCAACCAGCAGACUGGUUUCUCCUCUGAGCCCCAAGUCUCCGCCCCCUCAGUCUCCGAGGGUGGAGUCACCACACAGCCCCGCCCACUCCGGCUCUAUGAGCCCCACACCGAAUGGAGACACAGCGGUGAGACAGCCAGAUUCACACAAACAGCACUGCUAUACUAUUUUUAUACAACUUUUUAAACGGUUUAUUAAACCUGCGUUCACACGGCAGAGCUCCAGAACGGUGUCCUUCAGGAUGAUGAAGAAGAAGGAGGAAGAAGACAUGCCGUUACAAAGAAGUGCAAGUGUGCGGAUUGCAGCGAAGACCUUUAAAUCCAAUAAGAGCUCCAACCAAGAGGAGGAGCAGCAGAGCCCAUUUCAGAGAAACUCCCGGCAGAGGCUGUCAUCUCGCUCCAUUCAGGAGAAAAUGGGACGACUGGCUCAAGCCUCACAGAAAUGGGAAAUAUCCAAAUCCCCAGUGGUGCACCAGACUGUGUGUUUAGCGGAUGAGGUGUCAAGGAAGAGGGAGCUGUUUGAGAAAGAACAGGAGGGAUCCGACAGAAGCCAUGUGUUCUCCAAACAGGAAUUUCGCAGCUUUUCUUCGGGAAUCUCUGAUCGAAUUAAUCGCUGGGUUCAGAAGAAAACAUUUGCCGUGUCAUCAUCAUCACCAUCAUCAGCAUCAUCCUCAUCUCAUAGUCCUUUGGAUCUGAGACAUGUGAACAUCUCCAUUAAGAAAAGUUUGUUUGAAAGAGGACAAGACCAGGACCACAAGUGACACUCUCGUGGAUAAAGACAAACUUUAAUGAGAUUCAUAAUGCAUCUCUGCAGAGUCUGAAGAUUUUGAAGGAAGCUUGAUCGAUUCUUUCAGACAGUCAGUGCCAAGGAUUGUCUCUAAACUCCCUUUCCGUCUGCUACUUUACGUUGGCUAAUUCCUCAGCACUUUUAAGGUGUAGUACUGAUAUACAUUAUUUGGGUAUAUUCAAGGCUUACGUUAUUGGUUGUGAAUGUGUGUACUAAUGGAUUGUAGAAUGCAACAGGACUGUAUUAUAGGGUCUUAACACAGAAACUGAACAUCACAGGGUUUAUCUGACAGCAGGAAUACAAACAUACAGCUUCUUUGUGUUGGUGCCAGACACUCCUCUGCCUUGUAGCUUGAUAUUUGUGCAGUUGAUAAGCAAGUUAUUAGGAGAAAGAGGCAUAAUCUGUGACCUCAGCCAUAACUCAUAACAGUCCAAGGUACAACUGUAAUAUCAUGAAUGUCUGUUUCAAUGAACCUACUCUAAAUAAACUUGAUGAUUCAUUUGUAAUGAAGCGGGAAUCAUGCGCUGAAGCUGACCUAUGCUCUCAAUGCUGUUGUUUCAACUUGCCGAGACUUAAGUCAUAAUAAGGAAAUGUAAUUUAGAUGUAAUCUAAAUGGCAAAAUGUGUUCUAUCAAGCCCUUUGAAAACUGACUUCAAUCCAUUCCAACUCAAUCAAAGCCUACGUUUUUUUUGUUUAGUUUUUUUUGCUGAACGACCUGUCAUGUAAUAAUCUUUUCUGCCCAGAAGGGUUAUGCUGUAGAUUAAUAAAAUUUUUAUA